AUGUACAUUCUUUCCCAUACCCAACCACCUCAAGAUUUCAGCAGUUCAAAAUGGGCAGAGAAUAAAGCUCAGCUGAACAGCAAGGGCAUGCAGGCUAAUGCAGCUUGGGAUUUCUUCCUCGAUGACGAUCGGAAUAGAACUCUAUAUCCCCAAGUUGCGGCCGUUGAGAUCAUGGUCUGGCUUGGAUCAGUCGGAGACCCUUGGUGGCUAGGGCGAGCGAACAAUAGCAUUAUAUCAACCGUAACUCUGGGAAAGACAGAUUUUUCAUUAUUUUACGGGCGCAACUCGGGCGGAACCCACGUCUUUACGGCCGUCACCAAAGACAACACAGACAUCUUGUCUUUUGACGAAAACUUCUAUCCGCUUUUCAAGUUCGUUCUGCAACAAGCGUACAAGCAUAUUGACGAGCCGAACGAUCUACCGAAAGACCCCUGGCUAGGUAUCAUUGAGUUUGGGACAGAGACAUGGCUAUCGAAUGGCAACGCCACCUUUACAGCUGCCAACUUUGCGAUGGACCUGAAGAGCAAUGUGACAGAUAAUGAUCACAACUCGACUGGGUCAGGGAACGGAGGUAAUAAGACGAGUGAUGGCGAUAGGGAUAAAGGUGAUGAUGCAAGCAAAGGCAACGAGGGAGAUAAAGGAAGUGGUAAUGAUAAUGGGGACAACUCGACCAGUAAGGGAGACGAAGAAGACAAUGCGCGACGGUUAAUGAACAACUCAGUCCUGGGCUAUGUUGUGACAGCAGCGUUGGUAAUCAGUGCUGUUCUGUCAUGA